ACUUGCCAUCCUCUGACAAAAAGGAUUUGUCAUUGCCAAGUGACGAUCUUCCUCCUCCCUCUUUAGGUGCAGGUGCAGUGAGAAAUGAUGAUCCUACCUCCAGCACAGAUGAUUUCCCAUCCCCACCAGAACAAAUGACAGGCUCAGAGACCAGUCAGGGGAUGGGUGAAGAUACAUCACUGGAAAUGGAUGCAUGGUCCCCAUUACCUGAUAACAUCGUGCCUCAAGAAUUUCCCCCACUCAGUCAAGAGACAAUUGAUGCUUUUUCAACUCAGGGUGGUUGUCCCUCAGAACAAUCUUCACUUCAAGCCACUUCCAGCCCAAAGGAGGACUUACCAGAACACCAACAAGGAGAUAGUGAGCCAGCUUUGCAGCCUUUGGAGCUCCUGCCUGUAUCAAACCCUACUUUUUCUGGUCAGGCCAGUAAAAGUCCUGACUUAUUAACGAACCAAUGUACAACAGAUUUCAUGCUGCCCAGCACUGGUGGGGACGGUGAUGACCCAUUGCUGUCAUUUGAAAUUGGGGACAGGGUGCUGGUAAAGCAGAGCCAGGCUGGGACUCUGCUGUUCAAAGGACGGACUCAUUUUGCCAGUGGCCACUGGGCUGGUGUUGCUCUGGACAAAGCUGAAGGUGACAAUGCUGGGACUUACCAAGGGGUGAAGUAUUUCCGGUGUGCUCAGCACUGUGGUGUCUUUGUCAGGCCUGAAGAGAUCUCACACCUGCUGGGGGAUAACAAAAAGGCUUCCAGUUCCUCUGGGGGUGAAGAUUCCCACUCUGAUGAUGGUGAAUCUUUCAAAAGGGACUGCAGAUAUUCUGGAGGUGACAAGCAGAGAGUGGGGUUUACAGAGCAGAAAACAGAAGACACAAAAAGUGCGGGAGGUUCAGAAGUAAAAGAAAACCAGUCCAGGUUACACACUGCCUUGCUGUCUAGAAAAGGGCAGAAGUUUCCACCUUGCAACCAGUGUAAAUGUACUGAAUUUCUCUGUGAAAAGAACUUGAUGUGCUUGGGACCAGAUAAGGAAAAAACAGAGCUGGCACAAAUAAAACAAAGGAUACUUGCAGCUGUGCUUCCAGUGAAAAGCAGGACCAAUACCACAGAUGAGGUAAACACAAGCAAAAAUAUUUGUUGCUUGGUAGAGGAUCAGAAAAGAAUUAAACUUGCUGAUGAUGUUGCAAGUGAACUCGGUAAAAAACUUCUGGUGGAUGUUUUAAUUGCAUUUUCUGAAACAGCUCAACACAAAUAUAAAAGUGCCUUUGAAAAGGACAUGAUGAAUUACUGCAAAGGCCUCAGGCAAGGAGACAGCCAGAAACUGUUUCUCCUCAAAGAAAAUUCAGCUGCUGUCUUAUCUGAACCAUCAGCAAAGGUUUCUGAUGUUCUCCUGGGUGAUUUUGAUACGCUUUGCAUUCGUGGUUGUCACACAGUAGCAGAAAGAAUUGUAACUAAAUUUAUAGACGAUGCAGUGAAAGAAUAUAGGAAGAUUAAAAGAAAACAUGGAUCAAAAGCAGACAAGAUACUUCAUUUAUCUUCAGAGACUUCUCCAACCACUCUGCCAUUCCUUAAUAAAAUCCUUGAUGCUGGUGUGUUUGGAAGCUCUGAAGACUUUGUUCAGCCUAAUUCUGACCAACAUGUGCUGGUGAGACAAAGACAAAGGCAAUACUUGUACAAAUUAGAUCACUGGCACUCAGCUCCUUGGAAGAAAACUGUGGAAGUUCCUCUUGUGAUACCACAUUGCAGUUCUUACGUUAGAAACUUGUCUGCAUGUGCUGUAGAAGAAUUGUGGACCCCAGAAAACAUAAAUUCAAAUUUCAGGAGCAUCAGUGUGCCAAAGUACUCUGAAUGUACUGAUCUUCCAGAGAAUGAUUUGGAAGCAGAAAGCAAAAGGAUGUAUCAUCAGGUUAUAUUUGACUUGACCCGGGAGCUGUUACGUGCAGAAUAUCGAGUGACUGCAGAUCCAAAUAGUUUUCCAUGGAUGAAAAUAAACGUGGGAUCUCGCUGUUCCAGGCAUCCCUGCAGAAGAACAGAUGUCAGGGAUGUCAAGACAUUUGUUCAGGGUGAAAUUAUUAAAAUAAUGAACCUGGAAAAGAAUGACUUAGAAAUGAAAAGGAAAUUCCUAAAUAUGACCAAGUAUGGAAACUGUAAGAGAGACAGAGUGGAUCUUAUUCUGGUUCAGGAGCUCCGUAAAGAAGAGUCUCAGUGGACUUACUAUGGUGAUGAUGAAUUAACAGUGAAGAUGAGGAUGACUGAAGGCAUAUUUGAUUGCUUGAUCCUUGAUACAAUCAGAGUUCUUAAUAAGAUUUAUCUGAGAAAAGCCUGUGAAUAGAAGUUUUUCCUCAUGGGCCCAAAUGGAGGAAUUUUAAUCUCUGAUUUUUUUUUUCUUUAUUUUUCAGUCAAGAAAUGAGUGAUUUAAGAACUUUAACUCUGAACUUGUACCCAAUACCAGUGUGGCCUUGGCCUAAUUUGUACACUCAUAUUUACGAUGAAAGGUUCAAGGAGAGACUUAUGCAGAUGGAAAAAUAACACACAAAAUAUCCUCCUUGUUUUCUGUGCUUUGGGGAGGCUCAUUAAGAUCAAUGGUCUUCUUAGACUGAUGUCACACAGAAUCCAAAGGGGGGAAAUUUUAUUCUCUUUUUUAAUUCAAGACUGCACUUUAUCUGCUUUGAAGAGCACAAUGUGUUUUAAAAUUUUAUCCAAGUCUCUCCAAACAGGUUUCAGAACCAAUUUGUGUGCAAGUGAUCUUAUUCUUGUUAUCACGCUCAGGUUUGUGAAUGCUUUGAAAAUUGUGUUCAGAAAAUCACUGGUGACUGUCUGAAGAACGUAAAUGUGCAGAUGGAGUUGCAUCUCCCAGAUCCUGAAUUGCUGUGGGCCUCUGUAGUUUGGAAUAAACUCCUCUAACCGGAACAAGUCUAAAACUUUUCCUGAUGGGUGCAGCAGACUUUAAAGUGACUGUGCAUCAUUAUUGUUUUUAAUACACUGUGGAACUAGUU